UUGAGGAGGUUAAUGAGUAUAGGUGAGCUGGAGUACGAAAAAAAAUACUAACUAAAAUGGAUGCAAGAUGUGUUGCUGUUCUCGCUGUCGGGAUGCUUUACCGGCAGGCCGAAGAGGAGGCUGCUGACCUGAGGAGGAGGAUCAGGGAAAGAAGAGCCAGAUUGCAGAGGAGGGAGAGGAGGCUUGCCCUUCUAGCAUAUCUUGUGAACAAGAAGAAACAACCAAUGCAGAGAUAUGCACAGAUGAAUAUAAAUGUGCCAAUCAUCAGCAUGUUUAUGUCUGGUGCAGACACAAAGCCGGCCCUGAGACUAUCCAGGGACAGCUUGGAUAUAUUUUUUCAAAUGCUGCCCCAUAACAAGUCCCAUGGCUGGAGUCACGAGGUUGAGGUGCUGGUGACUGUAUACUGGCUUGCUUGUGGAGCUUCCUACAGGGUGACAGCGGAUAUUUUCGAUAUGCCUCUGUCAACCAUUUGCAGGAUCGUCCACAAGACUGUAGACAACAUGAUGACGAUCAUUCACCAGGUCAUCCAUUUCCCCAAACAUGAGGAACUGGAGGUGGUGGGGUCUGGCUUUGCCCGUCUGGCUGAUCAUGAGGCAUUUGGUCGGGCUGUUGGAGCCAUUGAUGGGUGCCACAUCCGUGUUCUUCCCCCUAAAGACCCACAGAAGAGGUGUUACAUGAACAGAAAACUCUUCCCAUCAGUUAUUUUGCAAGGUGUCUGUGAUGCUGGGGUCAAGUUCCUAGAUGUCUACAUAGGGAAUCCAGGAUUGGUCCAUGACUCGAUGGUUCUCCGCAGAUCCCCCAUGUUCCGACAGGCCCUGUAUCCACCAGCUGGAUACUUUCUGCUGGGAGAUGGAGGGUACCCGUGUCUGCAGCAUCCGGUGGCCAUCAUGACACCGUACCGCCAGCCCGUAGCCACCAGAGUGGAAUCCAGAUUUAAUCACCACCAUGCCAAGGCCCGCAUUAUAAUCGAACGCACCUUUGGGAUGCUCAAGACCCGCUGGCGCAUUAUCUUUCUGCGAGCUCUUGAAGUCCGACCUCUCUUCACACCGAAAGUGAUCGGUGCCUGCUGCAUCCUCCAUAACAUCUGCAUGGGUGUAGGAGACAUCGUAGAGGAGGAGGACGAUGAUGGCAGUGAGGACGGGGGCAACAGUGAGGAUGAAGCCCCUGGUGGUGUGGUCAGCACACCACCCGUGGUGGCUGUGGUGUUUGCUGCAACAACCAGGGGUGGAGUAAUUGAAUGCUGCCCCUGGAGUGCAGCAUCCAUGGCACUGUCACACGGUCACACUACCAGCCUCCACCCCUCUACCAGUGGGAGGAUGUCUGAGCUCCUGAAAAAUCUGUAA